UCAACAUCGAGUGCAGUGUUCCAAGCUCGGAGGCCACCUCUGGCGAUCGUAUCAAAGGUAGAUUCACAGCGGCAGAAGAGGAAAAGACAGUGCGAAGGCGGAAGAUACGAGCCCAGCCACGAGACAGGAAGACGACGACGAGGCCGAGAAGGCCAACAUAGAGAAGCCGUACAGGGACCCUCCAUAAUCAACAAACACCGCUUGCCGGACACCGCAGCCACCAAGAUGUCGAUCCUCGGGAAACUUCUCUACAUUACCGUCCUCCUGCUUAACGCCAUUUGCAUCCCUUCCGAGGACCGGUUCCUCGCGCGCGUCGGUCUUGCCCCGGCAACAUACCAGCGUGGCUUUGGCCAGGAGGUCGACUCGAGCGUCCGAUACAGGAUCAUACAGCUCAUUGCGAGUGUGCGGACCGUUAUGAGGGUACCCCUAAUCAUAAUCAACACGCUGAUCAUAGUGUACGAGCUCAUAUUGGGUUGAGUUAGAAGGUGGGAAGGGGGAGAGCUUGGUCAGAGGCACCCCUUUGGUCAGCUGCACAUGGCUGCGGAAUUGGGAUACUGUGUUCACAAACUGGGGCAACAGGUUCUGGCUACAGGCGUUCGGGAGCGGAAUGUUUGGGCCUAUGCUAUGCACUGCAGCGCAAUGAGCGGAUCUAAU